AUGCCCCAUGGAGUUCAUGCUGAAGGGGCCGGUGCCUGGGUUGGAACGCGCUGGGAGAUCUCAACGGACAAGACUUUGUUUUUGUCUGCAAAAGGGGGUGAUGGAGGCGAUGGAGGGCAGGGUGAAGAUGGGCAAGAUGGAGGCAAGGGAGCGAGAGGACAGGAUGCGACUAAGCAUCGCGAUGCAACUGUAAGUUUGAAAUCGUUCGCCCAACCAAAUCGCGCUUGUUCUCUAACCCGGUUGGCAAUAGAAUGGAGGACCGGGGCAACGGGGUGGAGAGUGAGUUAAUAGCCAUUUUCCCGCAGACAACUUUUUGUAGUGAUGGUUGAUUCCUAAUAAUUUAUGACAAUUAGAGGUGGGUACGGAACCGAUGGAGCAGAUGGUGGAAACGGAGGAACUAUAUUCGUAAGAGUGAAUGAGCAGGACGCGAAUCUUCUUCUUGCUCUCGAUUGGGAUAUCAGUGGGGGUAAGGGGGGCGAUAGUGGAGUUCAUGGAAAUCCUGGAGAUGGCGGGGAGGGUGGUGACGGUGGUGUUGGUUGCACUUGGUAGGUGACAAACGAGUACUGUACCCGGGAACUUCUAAGCUGAUAAGACUAAAUUCUAGGGAAAAGUUCGAGGGCUACUAUUAUGCAUGUUGUGGCGGGAGUUAUUGUACUUGCGGUAGACAUAACCGCCAAAGCAGAUACACACGGCAUACGCGCCCCCCGGGCAACAAAGGCAAUCAAGGCCCACCUGGAUCCCGACCGCAUUCAUAUCUUCGCGGAGGUGCCGGAGGUGUUCGCGGCGCUGCACACAUUCACGUUUCAAAUCUUGAUGGCACGGAAGCAACGUAUCCAAGUCGGUACAAUAUCGUAGUAACUGGCUUUGAAGUAGUUGAUGAGAAUGGCGAUGGGAUCAACGAACCGGGAGAGCAUAUUCUGGUUCGGAGCAUUUAUGUGCAAAAUACGGGCGGUAUGCCUACACCGACACGCUCCAUGAUUCCGGUACUUAUCCAUGGGAGUAUGUGGCUUGAUCCAAUACCUGAACCUGUUUAUCUUCCUGUUGGAAUACAACCGGGCGAGACUGUUGAGGUCCCCGGCGUUCUGCGUGCCUUUAUUCAACAGGAACGUGCUCCACGCCGGAUGGGAGUAAAGUUUUCGGCGACAGACGAGAUGAAGUUGAUUGGCGUUAUGCCUGGAAUUGAUCGAGUGCUUCCCGACUUUUGUGGCUCUACGACCAUCAAUAUUUCAUAUCCAUUAGAGCUUGAAGCUCCGAGAUUUCUUAACUCCGUCGAGCGGGGCAGUAACGUGACCUUCUCAUGGAUGGUAUAUACUUUUUUACCCACAUGCCCUCACAUAUGGAGAACUAACGUUUGCACAUUUAGUUGAAAAAUGUUAGCACGAAAUCAUACGGAAUUCGCGGCUCCCUCGGGCGAAGGGCGGGUACAUGUCUCUCCGAGAACGGGGGCACGCGUAUAUUUGCCUUCGUCGAUGAGUCGGGCGUGGGAGAUGCACGGGGCUUGGACCUUUUAGAUACAUUGGACCCUGGAACUGCAGUCACUAUUCGCCAAACAUUCAAAGUGUCGGAUCAAGCUGAACCUUAUUCAACAGGAUCGAUGACACUCGAACUUGUGCUUUCAGAGCCAGGGAAUAACGAGGGGCGAUUUUCGCCAUUGGAAUCAGCACAUUCUCAGAUGCGCUCGGUCAUGCACUACCCACUUGACAUGCAAAUUUCUGCGAAGUAUACUUACAACCCAGCUGCUGACUACUUGCUCAUUGUCAAUGCCGAUACCAAACGGGAGGUCAUCCAUCAGAUAUGCGGGCUCGUCGCUGAUUUGGGUCUUCAACUUGAUAUUUGGAACAUGAGCGUUUACGGAAAUUUCCGGGAUCCAAACUGCACCAUCCCCGAGAAUGCUGAUCACGUAUUCUAUAACUACAUGGGAAAAUCAAUUAUUGUGCUGGCAAAUCCUUUUGAGUACUUCCAGCGCGGAACGAGGACAGCGUUUGAUCUCUUAGAUCCCCAGGUUGUGUCCUACCUGGCUACUGGUGGAACUCAGUUCCUUUUCCCGGAAGCGGCGGCGAGCAAUCCAACAUGGACCAACUCGGUCCUCUUUCCCACAAGACCGUUCGACGGGACCCCAGAUCAGCGGCCCGGGGAAACAACGAAGAAAGGAAUGAUUGCCAAGGUAAUGGGUGAUAUAGCGCCAGAGAAUAUGUGGAUACCCUGCAAGGGGAAAUUGUUUAAAAAACCUCAAUCAGCGUUGAAUAGUGAUGCCAAGGGGGUGGUGCAACUGUUGAACAAAAGCUUACCGAUGCGAAGAUUUGCCGUGUCGCCGAGUCUGGAAGGGUCAACGAAGAAUGUCGCCGGGAAGAUAUUCAUCCGUCAUGGAUUGUCACUGAGCACCCGCAUUGUGACGGCUUUUGGUCGAUGGACAAUUGAAGAUUCGCGGCCAUCGGGGCUUGGCGCGUACCUCCUGAUUGCUGCAUUACCAUUCAAAAAACGUGCAAGGCUGUUUUGGAACUAUGUUGGAGGAACUCUGGUCGCGGAACCGGAGCAACAAGAUGUGGAGAAAAGACCGGUGGUGAACGUGGCCGGGGAGGUAUCUAACCAUGCAGGAGUGGGUCUCGUUAUUCCUUUCAAUAUUAAGUACGUUUACUAACAGGCACUUAGAUUUAUAAGGCCAUCUGCCUCUCAAUAAUGUACGAGCUCGAACUCGAAAUUGCUCAGUUCUCUGCCUCUGCCCCAUGGCCCGAUGUCAUCGCCACAGACGACAUACUGAAACAGUUGCAAAAGGUCGAUUACCUUUUUUCCCUUGUCCCUAACGCCCCUAAAAUCGAGGGCACAUCAGCCAGUGACCUCGAUUUCCUCGUUGAAACUCUUGGUGUCCUUGUGGCAGGGGUAGUGCCAAUCGGCGUCACUCAAUGGAUGGGGCAAAAGGUUAUUCGCCUGGGCAACCGGCGAACGCACCUCCGCACACAGGUCCUCGCUAAACUGGAAACUGGUUUGAAAGCGGUCUUCGGCGAUGUUGAAUCAAGGAAACUUAUGGGGCGUAUAAUGAAGGAGUGUGCCGCGACAAAAAAAGCCUUGAAGCCUGCGGGUGGAACAAUAUUGAAGGUGGUGCUGACCAAGAUCGCCUCAUACUCGGAAGAGGACUUUAGUACCCUACCAUUCUACGAUUCUGGCCUUGCAAGCGCAAAAUCGGAAGUCUGGGCCGAGGGGGAUGUUGAGGGGAGAAUUAAUGCACAUGGGCAAGUGAUGGUGAGGAUCGCAGAUGAUGAGAGGUAUAGUGAGUCGAUGUUGAGGGAUAUGGUGGAUUCGUGA